GUUGUUACGUCGUCGAGAGAGUCGCGUGUGUUCAUGUUUUUUGGUCGUCGUCGCGUGUCGCGUUUCUGAUGUUGCCACGGGCUUUUGUCUCUGGUUCGCCGCCGCCGCCGCAAUGCAGCAGUUUAGCAACUGACUGACUGACUGACAGCAGAGAUAAACAACAACAACAACAACGACUACAAGAAGAAGAAUCAAGAAUUUCUCGCCGCUUAAGUGUGUGAAAAUGUUCUGCAGCAAAGCCAAGACGGCUAAUUAAUGCACAAAGCUGUUUAACAACAAUAAUAACAACAACUACAAUUGCAAAGAUCUAAUAAUAAUCGCCGUCAUGAAUCGCCGCAAUUUGCAUUGAGAAAGUGUUGCAUACUUUUCGCGUUUCGCGUUCGCGUGUGUCUCAGUUAUAUAUUUUUGUGUGUUUCCGAUUCCGUCUCCCACAUAAUUCGCGUUAAUUAUUCGCUCUCCAACCAUCAUAAUAUAUAAUAAAUCUCCGUGUGUGUGUCGUCUGUGUCUGUGUAUUUGUGUAUAUUUUAUGCUGCUCUGCUGUACAUAUGUACAAUAUUAAUCGUCAUCGUCUUCAUCGUCAUCAUCGUCAUCGUUAUUGUUGCUGUUGUUGUUGUUAUUUGCUCGGCAUUUCGUAUCAAAUAUAAAAAUAUAAAUCAUUUGUGUUCUUCGGUGUUGUCUCGUGUCAGUGUCUAUAAUUUGUUCAAAUACGACAAGCGAUCAAGCGCUAAACCCAAGCGGAAGACCAAAAAAAAAGCAACAACAACCAUCAGCAACAACAACAACAACAACACUUUUCCAAAGAUAUGGCAAAUAUUUUACAAUUGUGCGCUCAUCGAUUUGCAUCUCAAGCGUCAACAACACAAAAACAAGUUGCAGCUGGAAACGCCUAGCAGCCUGAAAUUUGUGGCAAACAUUGUGUGAUUCCCCCCAAAACAAACAAAACAAAACAAAGCAAAAAAAAAAACACCCAGUGGGAAUUGGUCAACACACAAGGCUAUCAACGUUUGUUGGACUUUUAAAAAGUAAUGACUUAAAACUCCCGCAGUCAGUUGUUUAAAAGUUAUACACAAUAAUUCAAAAAAGUAAAGUAAACAAAAAAGUAAAAAAACGGCGCUCAGUUUUUAUCAACUUUGUUAAAAGGAUAUAAAUUGUUAAAUAAGAAACGGAUAACAACAAAAUAAUAAAAAAAGCAAAAAUUAAAAUAAAUACUUAAUUAUAUUUGACACAAAUGAAUAGCAUUUAAAUAGUAAGUAAAUAAGAGGCAGUAAAUAAAUUAAAUAUAAUCCUUACGUUACACAACACACAAGCAAACAAACAGAAACAGAAGCAAACAAAACAAAACCGCAACAACAAAAUAUUUAUAGCAAGGAAAUUAAGUAAAAAUUUAUGCAAAAAUAGAAAUGUUUCAUUUCCACAACUCGGUAAAUAAAAGCAAGCAAAAUAACAACAGUAACCACAACAACAUAAACAUAAAUAAUAAUAACAAUAACAACAAAUAUAUAAGCCACAAAAUGCAUCUGCAAAGUGCAAAAACACUGAGCCAAAGUUUCGGAUGGAUGCAAGUCUUCCUACUACUGACACUCUUCGUGAUUGGUAAUCAAAGUGCCUGGCAGGAGAAUAUACGACCAAAACUCUAUGUGGAAUUAGGUCCCGAUGAUAUACUGAAAUUUCUGGGCAACGAGAGUGUCGUGGAUCACUUCAAGCUCGUCACCAAGGAUGGCAACAGCCUGCUCAUCGGUGCCAGAAAUACCGUAUUUAAUUUAAGCAUACACGAUCUCGCGGAACAGCAACGUCUGAUAUGGACGUCGCCGGAGGAUGAUACCAAAAUGUGUCUCGUCAAGGGCAAAGAUGAGGAGGCCUGCCAGAACUACAUUCGGAUCAUGGUGGUGCCGUCGCCUGGUCGUCUGUUUGUGUGUGGCACGAACUCGUUUCGGCCGAUGUGCAACACGUAUGUGAUCAACGACAGCAACUACACGCUGGAGGCCACCAAGAAUGGUCAGGCUGUGUGUCCCUACGAUCCACGACACAAUUCCACCUCGGUGCUGGCGGACAACGAACUAUACUCAGGCACUGUAGCCGAUUUCAGUGGCAGUGAUCCGAUUAUCUAUCGUGAGCCUCUCCAGACGGAACAAUAUGAUAGCCUCAGUCUCAAUGCGCCAAAUUUUGUGAGCUCAUUUACGCAGGGAGAUUUCGUGUAUUUCUUCUUUCGGGAAACGGCGGUGGAAUUCAUCAACUGCGGCAAGGCGAUUUAUUCGCGCGUCGCACGCGUCUGCAAAUGGGAUAAAGGCGGCCCGCAUCGUUUCCGCAAUCGCUGGACCUCGUUCCUCAAGUCUCGCCUGAAUUGCUCCAUACCGGGCGACUAUCCGUUCUACUUUAAUGAGAUACAAUCGGCAAGCAAUCUCGUCGAGGGACAGUACGGCUCCAUGAGCUCCAAAUUGAUUUACGGCGUUUUUAAUACGCCAACAAAUUCAAUUCCCGGCUCAGCGGUUUGUGCUUUCGCCUUGCAGGACAUUGCCGACACAUUCGAGGGACAGUUCAAGGAGCAAAGCGGCAUCAAUUCCAACUGGCUGCCAGUGAAUAACGCCAAGGUUCCUGAACCGCGACCCGGAUCCUGUCACAAUGAUUCACGAACACUUCCGGAUCCCACAUUAAAUUUCAUCAAAACACAUUCACUAAUGGACGAGAAUGUUCCGGCAUUUUUCGGUCAGCCGAUUCUCGUGCGGACGAGCACAAUCUAUCGCUUCACACAAAUCGCUGUCGAUGCCCAGAUCAAAACGCCCGGCGGCAAGACAUAUGAUGUGAUUUUCGUUGGCACAGAUCAUGGCAAAAUCAUCAAGUCAGUGAAUGCCGAGUCAGCAGACUCGGCGGAAAAAGUGACCUCAGUGGUCAUCGAGGAGAUCGAUGUGCUGCCCAAGAGCGAACCGAUUCGCAAUUUGGAAAUUGUGCGCACCAUGCAAUACGAUCAACCGAAAGAUGGCAGCUACGACGAUGGCAAAUUAAUCAUUGUGACAGAUAGUCAAGUGAUAGCCAUACAACUGCAUCGAUGUCACAACGACAAAAUCACCAGCUGCAGUGAAUGCGUCGCAUUGCAGGAUCCGUAUUGUGCCUGGGAUAAAAUUGCUGGCAAGUGUCGCUCGCAUGGCGCGCCACGUUGGCUCGAGGAGAACUAUUUCUAUCAGAAUGUGGCAACGGGUCAGCAUGCCGCAUGCCCCUCAGGUAAAAUCAACUCGAAGGAUGCUAAUGUGGGGGAACAAAAAGGUUUCCGCAAUGACAUGGACUUGCUGGAUUCGAGGCGUCAGAGCAAGGAUCAGGAAAUCAUUGACAACAUCGAUAAGAACUUUGAAGGUCCACAAAUCUCUGCAGAUAUUAUCAAUGCACAGUACACGGUGGAAACUCUCGUCAUGGCCGUCUUGGCUGGUUCGAUAUUCUCGCUGCUUGUGGGCUUCUUUACAGGCUACUUCUGUGGCCGUCGUUGCCACAAGGACGAAGACGACAAUCUGCCUUAUCCCGACACUGAAUACGAAUACUUUGAGCAGCGUCAGAAUGUGAACAGUUUCCCAUCUUCGUGCCGCAUUCAACAGGAGCCAAAGCUGCUGCCCCAAGUGGAGGAGGUGACGUAUGCGGAGCCGGUGUUGCUGCCACAGCCGCCGCCGCAGAACAAGAUGCACUCGCCAAAGAACACGCUAAGGAAGCCACCGAUGCACCAGAUGCAUCAGGGACCCAACUCGGAGACGCUCUUCCAGUUCCAACCCGAUGGCUACAACACACAGCAAACAUAUCGCGGACGCGACAACUUUGGCACGUUGCGCUCGCACCAGGUGAUGGGCGACAACUAUAGACGCGGCGAUGGCUUUUCGACCACUCGCAGCGUCAAGAAGGCUGUAAACAACACAAACACACGUAACAGAAGUCUUGGUCGCGCAAGAAGACAGCCGCCCCGUCAUGGUAUCGUAACUCAGCACCGUUCAAAUAGCCCACAGCAGCAGCAACAGCAACAGCAGCAGCAGCCGCAUUCCAGCUCCGGCUCAUCGCCCGUAAUGUCGAACAGCAGCUCCAGUCCAGCUCCGCCAUCCAGCAGUCCCAGUCCGCAGGAGAGCCCCAAGAAUUGCAGCUACAUUUACCGUGAUUGAUUGAUAUGUAACACCAAAUCGAUGCCACUCAUCCAGGCGCCCACUCCUCCACCUCCCAUUGGUUCACCUCCCCAACAGCAACAACAUCAGCAACACUUCCAGCUACAGCAACAACAGCAACACGCAAAGGCUUCUUCUACCAGCAAACAGCUAGCCAAGUCCAUGCCUGUUACACCCAUUCAGCCGCAGUCGCCCACAGAUUCAACAACCGCUGUCCAGCAUCAUUUCAUGGCCAUGCCACGUUCUCCCUCCUACGAGUUGUACGACGCUGCAACAUCGCGUCCUCCUCAUCCUCCGCUCUUUCGUCACGCUCACUCGCAGUCCGAUGCCGCUGCCUUCCGCCUGCAGCAACAACACUACGAGGACUACGACGAUGAUGACGACGGUGAAGAGGAUGAGGAUGUGGAUGAAGGUGAAUUGGAUGACGAUGUCGAGGACACUUCAUCGUUGGCCAUGAUUACCCCGCCGCCACCGUAUGACACUCCUCUGGGUGCUGCCUCCACUUCUGCGGCACCACCGCCGUUGCCACCGCCACGCAAAUUUCGCUUUGGCAAUCGCGAGCUGUUCAGCAUGAGUCCGGGCACACCCAAAUCCAAUGCCAUAACGCCCACAAAGCUCAGUGCUGCAGCUGCGGCUAUGUUUGCCACGCCCCAAAUGGCACAGCUCAAUCGCAAGUGGGCGCAUCUGCAGCGGAAGCGGAGGCGAAGGAACAGCAGCAACGGCGACUCCAAGGAACUCGAUAAGCUCGUCCUGCAAUCCGUCGACUGGGAUGAGAAUGAGAUGUAUUAAAAUCGAUUUCAUCUUUUUAUUUCACAUUCUUUGAAUCAAAUCAUGUGUCGAAUACUUCAAAAGCAAUACAAACACGUAAAUCUAAUAUGAAAUAAGCAAACAAAAACAGUCAAAAAAGAAGAAUUAGAAGAGAGAACAACACUUAGAAUAUUAACUAGCGACUCUACUGAAUUCUAGAACUACAUUUACAUUACAAAACAUUUACAUUUACGACUACGAUUACGAUUACGAUUACGAUAUAACGGCAUACUAAGUACAUAUAUACGAACUAAAAAUCAGAUCAUUAACUUUUAUACACUUUACAUUUUCAUACCAUAUACACACACACGCACACACACACACACACACACACACAUAUGUUUGCUGUGUGUGGUGUAAUUUAGACUCAAGCUACAAUUAAACAAAACAAAAAAGGUUUUACAGAGUAUGCCUGCAGCCGAGAGAAGCAAAUGGAAAAAGAGUAAUUAACUAUAUAUACAAACAACAUAUACAUACAUAGAUGAUGCAUAUACUAAGUACAUAAUUAAUUAAACUAAUUAGAUACUUUAGUAGUCAACAAAACAAAGUCUCGCAAUGCUUUUUAAACAACAACAAAAUGAAAACGAAAGUGAGAAGAAACGCAGCUUGAGACAGCAGCCAUAAAGAACUAUAACAAAAGAAAAAAAAACAAAUAUAAUAAUAGUAAUAAUAAUAAUACUACAAAUCAUAAAAUCAACUCAGCAACUUUUAGAAGCGCAGCAGCAAAUGAUUAUGAUAAUGAUGAUGAAUGAAAUACUUUAAAGAUUACAAUCUAAGCUAAAGGACAAGAUUUUUAACUCUCUGAUAAACACACAAAAAAAUGGAAAAUGAAAAUGAAAAAGAUUAUUAAUUAAUUAUGUAUGUAUUGAAAUCAAUUGUAGCGAGCGCAUAUUGCAAAUUUAGCAAACAAAAGAAAUACUAAAGAAAAAAAGGCAUUAACAAAUUAGAGUUACAACAAAAUGUCAAACAAAAUGAACAUUAUUAUUAUUAUUAUUAUUAUGAUCACACUCAAGUUUUCAUUUAUCAUUAAAAACGAUAUAUAUUCAAGUGCUUCUUACAUAAAAUAAAUAAAAAAACAAAACAAAAAUAUAUAUAUACAUACAUAAUAUAUAUAUAUAUAUUUAAUUACAUAUAGUAUAUAGUAUUAUUAACAGGCAUUACAUACGGAUAAACAUAAUUAUAAAAGGAAGAGAAAUACCUACUAAUUAGGGUUUAAGCAUUAAAUUUACUAUAUAUUAUUUAUUGACACAUGACAAGCGAAACUAUUGUAGAGAUUGUGUGAAAUGCCUAAUCGAAUCGUUUUUUAAAUUAGACUACGAUUAUAAUUUCCACUCGGUUAAUCGAGUGGAAUGCGACAGCGUUUGGUUUUUUAAUUUGUAAGUAGCCUGCUAAUUAAAACUUGCAAUCGUAAUCAAUGCAUUUUACUUCGUCGAAACACACUUGCGAGAAAUCAAUUUCUAUAAUUAUGUUAAGAUUUUAUAACGCAACAGAAAAGCAAAAAACGAUAUUCGAACUCAUACAGAAACAAACAUAACUACUCUAUAAAUGAGACUUUGUAAAUACUCGACAUGCAAUGAUCAAAUAAAUAACCUUUCAUUCCAAGCAAAACACAACACAAAAUCGAUUUUCUCUAUCAAUCAAUAUAUAUAUUUUGGCCAUAACACAGACACAAACACAACUGCAAGGAUAAAUACGUAGAAGAAGCGACAAGUUAUGAAUUAUAACACAAAACUAUUUAAGGUACAUUUAAAUUUGACACAUUGAGAUUGAAAUUAAAUUGAGAAUUUAAAUUCAAAUUGUUGAAUAUGUAGCGCAAAAACAAAAUGCAAAAAAAACGAGUAAUAGAAUAACCUGCAUAUAAAUAUUGUAUUUAACCAAACCAAACCAAACCAAAAUAAGUUACGAUAUUUACGAGUAGACAACAGACGACACAUGAACGGUACUUCCAAGCAACUAUAGAGCUACAACACACACACACUCACACACACUCAACUUACUCGGAAUCCCUCUCUUGAGUUGUACUUUGUAUGAUACAUAAAGAUAUUUAACUACCAUUAUAUAUAUAUAAACGAUACGAUUUAGUGGAUCUCGGGUUGCAGUUCGAUAUCAUAGCCCAAAAACCAAACCAACUUGAAACCACUUGAAUGAGUCGGUUCUCGCACUCUAUAAAAAGACAGACACUCUUUAGUUCGUCAAACGCUUACAAAUUAUAUAUAUUAUUAUACUCUACACACACACACACACUUUCCAAACAAAUUAAUUAAACAAAAGCAAAACAAAAAUGUUAGUAAAAAGACUGAGCUACAAAAACAUAAAACAUAAAAAGAAGAAAAACAAAAACAUAUGAAAAUGAGAAAUUAUAUUAAAUGAGGUAUUUACUUUUUGUCGAAACGAGUUUUUUCUCCGAUUUAGUUGAGCUCACUUUAUAAUGAUUUUCUACAAAACUUGUAUAUUUAUUGUAAGAAGCUAAAUAAUUAAUAAUUUGUUGAAAUGCAAUUGUUUGUUAAGAAGUUCCUAAAACCGAAAAAUGCAUUUAAGUGUUGCAUUCGAAAAUGAAUAUGAAUCACUCUUUGUAGAUUUGUCCAAUUAACCCAAAUCCCCCAAAAAAUGGAACUUCGGCAUUUCUUUAUUUAUUUCGAAUACUUAUAAUAUAUGAAUGUACUUACGCACAAGUUUCGUCAGAUGAAAGACAGAAAAUGCAUUUAAAAGGUUUUCAUCACGUGACGGAAGUGAAGAGAAUAUUACGAGAUAAGUUUGUACCCUUAAAUACGUAAAACUUUGUUUCUGAGAUUAUGUUUUGACGACAACGAUGAUCAUCAUGGGCUAAGACAUAAUCAUGAUUUAUAUAAAGCAAAUACUUCAGACACUCACAAACACAAUUGCUUUUAACUUUCCUAGAGUUUUGUUUUUUAUUUACUUACGGACAACACAUAAAUACAUCAAUAAUUAACAUACAUACAUUCUUAUAUAUGAAGACGAUGAUGAAAAUGAAUAACGAUAGUGAAGAGGAAGCUGAGCGAGUCUUAAAUAAUAAUCUCAAACAAAAUACAAUCUGACCCAGGCUUAAGAAAAGUCAAAACAAAUGGCAAACAAGUAAAAUAAAAAAAAGCAAAAACAAUUUGUUGAAAAAAACCUAAUCAAAUGAGAAUUACGAACGAGUCACGAAUUGAAAUGAUUUAAGUAUAAUUCAUAAUUACCAUUUACUGACAUCAUCAUUGAUGUUCGACGACGACGACGACGAAGAAAAGAGAUAACAAAAAAACAUAAAAAAACAAAAAAAACCGAAUAGAGCAGAAAGAAAAAACAAAGUGUAGAACAGAAAGAACAGCGCAUUCAAGUGUUAAAUUCAAGAACAUCCGAAUGAAUGAGAACAAUUUAACAAUAUAUUAUUAACAA